CACAGGUGUCUGUGAUGUCCGGGGGAUUCGGUGCACAUGAACGGGUCGGUUGGUAAAUCGAUUUGGAAAAGUUAUGCGUCAUUUGAAUCUGGCUUAAUACAGCAACAAAAAAAUCCCUGCACAAUUUCAAACAACCUGUUUUUACGGACCCCGGGAAACACCUUCGUGCGUGUGGACGGUUGCGAGUGCAAAACUACUCUGCCCAAUCCUCAACACAAUCAACGACUUCAUUUUCACGCAGAGCAAUGAAGAAAUGACGUCAUACCUUUGACGUCAACCGCAGCCCCCAAACUCCGAUCGAUUCGGAUCGGUCUUUUGUCCUCCUCUCGCGUAAAGAUGAAUCCUCCGCCCUUCAUCUACAUCGAUCUGACGACCGUAGCGGGUCACGACGCGUCGCAGCCCCUCACCUAUAAAGUUUGGAAACCCCGACAAGAAACACAUUCAGCCCGGAAAAAACGGACCUUCUGCAGAACACCGCAAGAAGAUCACAUCCACGAAGCUUCGACAGAAACAGCUCCACAGUCCCUGCCAAAAGUAGCUGCGUAAAAGCCGUGCGUAAUGGAGAAGUCCCUGAAGUUCGCCGUGGUGUGCGUCGGAGUCUCUCUGCUCCUCUCCGUCCAGCCCGUCGAGGCGUGGUACAAGCAGGCCACCGGGCCGAGCUACUACUCGGUGGGCCGAGCCUCGGGUCUGCUCUCCGGGAUCAGGAGGUCCCCGUACGUCCGGAGGUCCGAGUCGGAGGAGACGCUGGUGGACAGCGGAGAGACGGCCGGUAACACCGGAGAGCCCGCCGGUAACAGACAGAUCUCCAUCCUGAAGAGCAUGGCUAUAUGUGUGAAGGACAUCACCCCGAACCUGAAGACGUGCGAGCUGCUCCGGGACGGAACCGGAACCUUCCAGUGCAAAGCAGAAGUCUUCCUGACCCUCGACUCUCUGGACUGUUUGUCUGCUUGAGCCCCGACCGGAUCCGUGACCACACUACUUCCGCCCGGGUCCGUCCGCCGCCCACUGGAGGAGGGGCGGAGGACGGAACAUCCUGUUCAUAAUGGACCGCUGUAGACUGAAUGUUCUAUAUCUCAUAAAAAAUGAAGCUCAGUUUUGCUUUUUCUGCAUAAAAACAAAUGUUGAAGAACCAAGUGGGAAUGUGCGAGUUGUGUUCUGUUGAUGUACAAUGCGAUGUCCCGCCCACAUGUACCCACUGCCAAAUGUAUUAACUGGUCAGAAUGUUUACUGUAGAGCAGAAUCUCUCAAAGUACUUUGAUUUAUUUUAUCUAUUAAAAUGUACAAAUAC